AUGGCACCAAGCGGAUUCGACCCAGCGACGCAGGAGAAGGGCACCCUCUCGAGGGACUACGUCGACGAUCGACAGGCAUCGUCUGAGGACUGCCUCUACACCACCUCCAACGGCGUCCCUACCGCACACCCAUACGAGUCGCAGCGAGCCGGCGAGAAUGGUCCUCUGCUCCUCCAGGAUUUCCACCUGAUCGACCUCCUCUCGCACUUCGACCGUGAGAGAAUCCCAGAGCGUGUGGUCCACGCAAAGGGUGGCGGCGCCCAUGGUUAUUACCAGACCACCGACCCCAUGGACGACGUUUGCAUGGCGGACAUGUUCAAGGCCGGCAAGAAGGUCCCCAUCACCGUACGCUUCUCAACCGUCGGUGGCGAGUCGGGCUCCCACGACUGUGCUCGUGACCCGCGAGGCUUCUCCGUCAAGUUCAGGACCGACGAGGGCAACUGGGACAUGGUGGCGAACAACACCCCAGUUUUCUUCUUGAGAGACGCCGCCAAGUUCCCGCACUUCAUCCACACCCAGAAGCGGGACCCAUCCACCCACCUCACGCACGCCGACGACUCGACGAUGUUCUGGGACUACCUCAGUCAGAACCCCGAGUCCGUCCACCAAGUCAUGGUCUUGAUGGGUGACCGUGGCAUCCCAGAUGGAUGGCGCCACAUGCACGGCUACGCCGGCCACACCAUGAAGCUCGUCAACAAGGACGGCGAGUGGGUGUACGCCCAGAUGCACAUGAAGAGCAAGCAAGGGUUCUCCUUCAUCACGCAAGAAGACAGCGCCAACUACUCGCCCGACUACGCGCAGAAGGACCUCUACAACGCCAUCGAGAAGGGGGACUACCCCGGCUGGGACGUCUGUUGGCAGAUCAUGACAGCUAAGGAGGCGGAGAAGUUGUACGAGGAGCAGAAGAUUAACGUCUUCGACCUCACGCACAUCUGGCCGCAGAAGCAGUUCCCGCUCCGCAAGGUCGGCGAGUUCUACCUCAACGAGAAUGUGAAGAACUACUUCGCCGAGAUCGAGCAGAUUGCCUUCUCUCCCUCCCACCUCAUUCCCGGCAUCGAGCCCUCCGCCGACCCGGUGCUCCAGAGCCGUCUCUUCUCCUACCCAGACACCCACCGCCACCGUGUCGGAGCCAACUACCAACAACUCCCCAUCAACGCCGCUCGCACCCCAUACCGCAUGGCCAACUUCCAGCGUGACGGCCCCAUGGCCUUCAUCAACCAGGGCUCGCGCCCCAACUACCUCAGCUCCAUCGAGCCCAUCUCCUUCCGCAAGCGCCAGGUCGACGUGGACAAGACGCACGCCCACUUCGUCGUGGACGCCGUGUCCUUCCUCUCCGAAGUCCGACCGGAGGACUUCAACGCCGCAAGGAACUUGUGGGAGAAAGUCUUCGACGACGGCGCGAAGGAGCGCUUCAUCAACAACGUCUCCGGCCACAUGAGCACGUGCCGCAAAGAGGAGAUCAUCAAGCGCCAGAUCGGUAUCUUCCGCGAGGUGUCCGAUGACCUCGCCAGCAGGCUAGAGAAGGCGACUGGCAUCAAGGGCUACGAUGGUAUCUCGAACUUGAGGUUCAAUGGCGAGCACAACGGGAUGGCCAAGGACAAGAGCUUGAAGGAGGCGAACGGGAUGGAUCCUAGGGAGCCAACACGCAGGCCGUUCAACAAUGGCGGGCCCACCAUGGGUCAGCACCAGGAGGUUGCUGCGAUGGGUUGA